CGCGUCCACGACUAACCCCUCGCUCGAUCGCUCGCUCGCCCGCUUUGCCAAGCCAAGAACAGCCCCACUGUUCAUCAUCAUCCAUCCAUCCAUCCUCGUUGCGACUGCAGAGAAGGCGAACAGAAGCAGCAGCGGCAGAGCCACCAGCGAGAAGCUUCCUUCCGGACAGGGAGGAGGGGGAAAGGAUGGAUCUUUCUGUGCCCCGAGGGGAGUUCCCGAUCCCAAUGCACGCCGCCGCCGCCUCGCCCUAUGGAGGCGGCAUCGGCGGCGGGGGCGUCGCCGUCGCCGACCAUGCCAUGGACCUCCACCACGACCACGCCAACCAUAACGGCCAGUCCCAGCCCCAGGCGCAGGACAUGGCCUCGCCGCCUGCUGCUGUGUCGGAGGACAGCUCCGGGAAGAAGCGCGCGGCGGCCAUUGCCGGCGGAGGCGGGGGAGGGCCGGCGGUCAAGUACCGGGAGUGCCUCAAGAACCACGCGGCGGCCAUCGGCGGCAACGCCACCGACGGGUGCGGCGAGUUCAUGCCCAGCGGCGAGGAGGGCUCGCUGGAGGCGCUCAAGUGCUCCGCCUGCGGCUGCCACCGCAAUUUCCACCGCAAGGAGCUCGACGACUUGGACGGCGACAGCUGCGCCUCGCACGGCUACGGCUACGGGCACCACGCCGUCCGCCGCCUGCUCGGCCCCGCCGUGUCGCACUCGCACCACCACAAAAGCAGCGGGGGCCUCCUCGUCACCGCGGACCACUACGGCGCCUACGCCGCGGCACGCGCGCUCCCCCCGCCUCCGCCCCCACUGCCUGGACACCACCACCAGAUCAUCAUGCCGCUCAACAUGAUCCAGACGUCCGAGUCGGACGAGAUGGACGGCAUCAUGGGCGACGGCAGGGGCGGGCUAGCCUCAGGCGGCGGCGGCGGCUCCUCCUCGUCCAAGAAGCGCUUCCGCACCAAGUUCACCGCCGAGCAGAAGGGGCGCAUGCUGGAGUUCGCGGAGGGCGUGGGGUGGCGCCUCCAGAAGCUGGACGACGCCAUGGUGCAGCACUUCUGCCAGGAGAUCGGCGUCAAGCGCCGCGUCCUCAAGGUCUGGAUGCACAACAACAAGCACAACCUCGCCAGUAGGCCGCCCCCUACCUCGCCGCCGCAGCCAAUGCCGGUGGCGAUGUCAAUGCCGAUGCCGCUGGGCAUGUCAAUGCCGAUGCAAGUGCCGCCGCCGUCGCAGCCCGGGCCUUCGGGCCACCGCGGCCCGAGCUCCCCACACGGGGAGCUCAAGCUCGACUGACGGCACAAAGAAGAUGAAAUUAACCGUGGUGCCUGUCCGUCAACGGCGCCAUGGUUGCUGAUUCUACCACUAGCGUUAGUAAGCCGCAUUGCCAUUAAUUUCACUGUUCCAUCGAAGCGAUCGAUCGAAGCAGAGAGAAGAGAAGAGAACCAGAAACAAACUCGAGUUUAUCGUCGUCUCCAAUUUUUUUUUCUUCCUUUUGCUGUUUAUCUUGUCAUAAGGUUGGGGAGCAAGCAUGAGAGGGGGGACAUAGGUGAUCCGAACUGAGCUCCACUCAAUUUCAAUUUAUUUUUCCCUCCCCUUCUUCGUCUCCUUGGUUGGUUGGUGUCUCUGACUUGAAGUCUAGCAGUGCCUGUUGAGCUGAGCAUCUGAGUUGUCAUGGACCAGAUCAGAGGUUGCAUGAAAUCAAUUCUGACUUGUUUA